UUUACUACUUGCCCCGGAACACUGAUUGAACGGCCCAAAAAGAACAAGUCGGUCCGGGGUUUUAUGCACUUUCACUCGAGAGAUGGCACACACGCGGGCGCUGCAUAUGUGGGGCGCUGGGACGAGUGUAUGUACCCACUCAGAGACCAGCUGGGAGUUCAUGUGUUCGGUGAUGGCGGCUGCAACACUCGUGCGAGUCAACGGUCGGCCCUGCAGUUGGCCUCACGGCUCUCAGCACAGGCAUGCAUGCCCGAUCACCACUUCGCAUGGCUACACCCAGCCAGGGUCGGCAUUCGUUUCAAAGCCCGAUCAUCAGGGUCCUACUCAGGCUACGGUAGUCGCUCAGUUUCGCGACUAUCACGCAGAAAAGUUUUCAGGACAGGGAGACCCCGCAUCGUUGAUGAAUGGAUUCAGGGGUUGGAAUUUAUCUUUGAGGUCAUGGAAUGCCCCGAUAGAUAUCGCGUAGUUUGCGCUCAGCUUCAGCUCACUGGCGAUGCAAUGCUCUGGUGGAAUGCCUACUGGAGCAUGCGUCCCGGUGAAAAGGCAGGUUGUACAUGGGACAUGUUCAAGAAUCUAGUCCGCGACAAGUACUACCCUUCCUACUAUCGGGCAGAGAUGGAGCGCCAGUUUUUAGCGCUUCAGCAGGGCACUCGUACUGUCGAUGAGUACGAGCGAGA